AUCAUAUUUCGUCCUUCGAAAGAACAGGAGAGGAGAAAAAAUGAAGGCGGGAGGAGUUGAAGCCGGAGAGGUAGCGAGAGCCUCCGUCACGAGGAGCGGUGUCGACAAAGGAGUGGUGGUUCUCGAUUUUGUUCCGAGGAAAGUCGCGUUCGUCUGUACCCUUGAAAGCGCCAUAGCCAUGGGGACGACGGACGAGACGCUCCCUUUCUUCACUCGGUUCAUUAGAUUCCGCGCUAAGUAUGAUGAACUCCCGACAUUCACUUUUUUUGUAGUCGCUAAUUCUGUCGUCGGUGCCUACCUCGUCCUCUCACCGCCGCUCUCUAUCUUCCACAUCAUGAGGAGUGCUGCGCAAAACAGCAGAAUUGUCCUGGUCAUCUUCGAUACACUAAAUUAUGUGAUCGGGAGGAAUCAUUUUUCUUAGAAUAUAUGUAGUUGUAUUAUACAGGUUGUGGUGCUCUGAAUUAGCAUAACUCCUGAUUCUAAUUCAAGAAUUCUUUUAAAGGAUAUAGGAACAUGCAAAUGCAGUAUGUCCUCCUUGGUGACAUAAGUUGUCCUAAAGAAUUAGGCAUGAAAUGCACAACUCCAUGCUGAUAAAACCAAUGGCGCUGUCAAAUUAGGAAAAUGUGCAAAAUGGUGCGGGCGAUGUUUGGCUCCAUCGACGGUGGGAGCUUCGGCCUCGGCGGCUAUCGUGUUCUUGGCCCACAUAGGGAACGCCAAGGCUAAUUGGUUCUCCAUCUGCCAGCAAUUCAACUCCUUCUGUGAGGGCAUCUCGGGCUCUCUGAUCGGGUCAUUCGGCUGGUUGUCUUGUUCGCACUCUUAAUCAUGCCGUCCGCCGUCGCGCUGU